CGAGCGGCGCCGCAGGCCGCCGCGUUGGGGCAGUCGGCGGAGGGAAGUGGCGCAGCAUGAUGCGGCUGUGGCGCUCGGCGCUGCUGCGGGAGCUGCUGCUGCUCGGCCCACCUGGGACCGGCAGGACGGGUCCCGCCGCCGGUUCUAGGCGCCUGCCGCCCCCGCUGGCAGCCUUCGGCGCGGGCUUGCCCGCUUCUCGACGCGGCCCGGGUUUGGCGACGCCACCACCUUCGGCGCGGGGUUUAUGUACUCGCUCGGAGGGAGCCUUGGAGGAACCGGGAAAGGGGUCGCAGGCACCGUCGCCGACCCCCGGCGAGCCCCCCGCAGAUAGCGGCCACAACAAUAACCACGGCGGCGGCAAGGAGCUGGUCGGAGGCGGCGGCGGGGAUAAUAAAGUGAAGCAAGGUCUUCUUCCUAGCUUAGAAGAUCUACUUUUCUAUACCAUUGCAGAAGGACAAGAGAAAAUACCAGUUCAUAAAUUUAUAACUGCACUCAAAUCUACAGGAUUACGUACAUCUGACCCUCGGUUGAAGGAGUGCAUGGAUAUGUUAAGACUGACCCUUCAGACAACUUCAGAUGGAGUUAUGCUGGACAAAGACCUUUUCAAAAAGUGUGUACAAAGUAAUAUUGUGUUGCUCACUCAAGCUUUCAGGAGGAAGUUUGUCAUUCCAGAUUUCAUGUCAUUUACUUCACAUAUUGAUGAGCUGUAUGAAAGUGCUAAAAAACAAUCUGGAGGAAAGGUUGCUGACUAUAUUCCACAACUGGCCAAGUUCAGCCCUGAUUUGUGGGGUGUCUCACUUUGCACAGUGGAUGGACAGAGGCAUUCCGUUGGUGAUACCAAAGUUCCAUUUUGUCUUCAGUCUUGUGUAAAGCCUCUGAAAUAUGCUAUUGCUGUUAAUGAUCUUGGGACAGAAUAUGUGCACAGAUACGUUGGCAAAGAGCCCAGUGGAUUAAGAUUCAACAAAUUGUUCCUGAAUGAAGAUGACAGGCCUCAUAACCCUAUGGUGAAUGCUGGAGCAAUUGUGAUCACAUCUUUAAUCAAGCAAGGAGCAAAUAACGCAGAAAAAUUUGACUAUGUGAUGCAGUUCAUGAAUAAGAUGGCUGGUAAUGAGUAUGUUGGAUUUAGUAAUGCUACGUUCCAGUCUGAAAGGGAGAGCGGAGAUAGAAACUUUGCAAUUGGCUAUUACUUGAAAGAGAAAAAGUGCUUUCCUGAAGGCACAGAUAUGGUUGCUAUACUAGACUUCUAUUUUCAGCUUUGCUCAAUAGAAGUAACAUGUGAAUCUGCAAGUGUGAUGGCAGCAACCCUGGCCAAUGGUGGCUUUUGCCCAAUCACUGGUGAAAGAGUGCUGAGUCCUGAAGCAGUCCGGAAUACCUUGAGUUUAAUGCAUUCCUGUGGCAUGUAUGACUUCUCAGGGCAAUUUGCCUUCCAUGUUGGUCUUCCUGCAAAAUCCGGAGUUGCUGGUGGGAUUCUUCUGGUUGUUCCUAAUGUCAUGGGCUUGAUGUGCUGGUCACCUCCUUUGGACAAGAUGGGCAACAGUGUUAAAGGAAUUCACUUUUGUCAUGAUCUGGUUUCCUUGUGCAACUUCCAUAACUACGAUAAUUUGAGGCACUUUGCAAAAAAGCUUGAUCCUCGCAGAGAAGGUGGCGAUCAGCGGGUGAAGUCUGUGAUCAAUCUGCUAUUUGCUGCCUACACAGGGGACGUCUCUGCACUCCGGAGAUUUGCUCUCUCAGGAAUGGAUAUGGAACAAAGGGACUAUGACUCACGGACUGCCCUGCAUGUAGCAGCUGCAGAAGGACACGUGGACGUUGUUAAAUUCCUUCUGGAAGCAUGCAAAGUAAAUCCUUUCCCCAAAGACAGGUGGAACAACACUCCUAUGGAUGAAGCUUUACAUUUUGGCCACCACGACGUGUUUAAAAUCCUUCAGGAAUAUCAGGUCCAAUACACACCAUCGGAGGAUGCCAGCGAGGGCAAGGAGAACCGAACGGUUCACAAGAACCUGGAUGGCUUGUUAUAAAUCAUCUGCAGCUCGAGCCUGAGAAUCAGAUCACCCACCUGUUUUAAUUGUGGUAGACUUAAGUCAUGAAGAGCGUGUGUGUGUUUCUAUCUGAUAGUGAUAUCUCUUUUCUAGAAGUCUCUGUCACUUCAGUGUUAUGUUACAGGAGUUUCUAUACGCACAGGACAAAUCCAAUCUCUCUCUCUCUCUCUCUCAAAAAAAAAAAAACAAACCACAAAAAAAAAGAAACCUAACCAAGAAUCUCCCUCCAUAAUGUGAGCAAUAUUACCUCAUGCUGCAUAGAAUUGAUGUAGAAAAACAAUAUUUAGCUGUUGUUGGCUUUACUGUGCGCUACUUAAUUUAUUUUAGUUUUCUUCUUUAUGUGUUUUUUUUUUUUUUUUUUCGGGGUGUGUUCUCUAUCAACUCUAGUCUGUGGUCAGGAAUUAUUUCUUUUUUUCUGCUGAGUGUUUUUUUGUUUGUUUUUCUGUUUCUCUAGCCCUCUGUUUCCAGUAUGGCCAAGAUGAGCUGGAAUACUGUCAGGUAUGAGUGUCAGUGAGGUUCUUCAGAAGCUGAGGAUGCCGAUGUAGAUUUAGGUAGAGCGUGUGAAGGAUCUGCACUUAACCUUUUGGAGGUGGGGGAGGGAAACAAAAACCAAACCAACCCCAAAUCUUGAAAAUCUUUCCAUGCAAUCUUGUUUACAUAAUAUAAAUAUCCACAAGAGUCUUGUAGGUGACACUUGUCAAUGGUGUAGGCUUGUAGUUAGAAAGAGUCUUUGUCAGGGAAUUCUGUGUUGAGGUUUGUUUGACCAAAUGGUGUAGGAAAUGUGAGUUGUGCCAUCACAGGCUGUUUAGUGGGGUUUUGUGUUUGAUUUUGAAGCAUUUCAGUUCCCUUUGUCUCUCCUCCCUCCUUGUUCAGCUGCUAAAGUGCUUCCCCUUGUGGCUGGGGGCCGCAGGUGCUUCCCCUCGAUGCAGUCGUGUUCCUUGCAGGUUUAUCUACACUACAGCCUUCACAAGCUGCAGCGACCCCUCCCCGGGGCUGCUGCUCCGCAGCUGCCACAAGAACCAGCAAGGGAGUUGGAAGUUUGUUAAAGGCAAAGUGCUACACCAAAUAUUACCUGCACAUCUGACCUAACGUAAGGCUUGUGGGUAAGGAACACAAGUGGAGUGAAACAGCUUUAAGGAGCAAAAGAGCCAAUGACAGCAUGAGCAGAGCAGGAAAUAAGCCACAUUUUGUGUCCGUUCUCUUCUUGCACUAUCAUUAACCCAGGGAGCAAGGAUUACUGCACCAGUGGGAUUCCACUGGUGCAGAACAAGUUGCUCAGUAUCAGAGCACAAGUAGAAGAUGCUUUUUGUGGUGAAGGGUGGCAUUUAUUGCCCCACCACUGCAACCAGCCCUGUCAAGGGGAACACAGGUGUCUAGGUAUCUGUUGUCUGUAGAAGUGCAAUGUUGGGGCAGCUGCCUCAUCCCAGGGGCAGUUGCCUCUGCUGUAAAACCUCAGAAGUGAGCAGCCACUUAGCAUUUUGUAGUGUUGGAUAUUCACAAACCAUCAGAGUUGUUGGACAUAGGCAAGAGUUUGAGCACAAGAGUUUUUAGGCACGAAUGCUUUUAGCACAUGGCGAAGGACAUGGUGCUUGAGGAGCGUGUGCAUGGCUGUUUUGACCCUAGCAUGUAGUGUACAAGUCAGAGUUCCACUUUUCUGUGUUCAGGCACCAAAGCCUGAUAAAACAGUGCCCCAAUUCUUUGUAGAACGGCCCAAGCACUUUAAUGAUCUGAACCACGUUAGCCUCCUUUUGCAAAUGGGCACACUAAGGUCUAGAGAGGAGCCAGUAGGGCAGUCUAGCUGACGAUCCUCCUCUUGGAGUCCUGUACAGUCUCUCAUUGCCAUGCCAUACUGCCUCCCUGCAAGGAGGAUAAGCCACAUGGAGAAGUGCUUGAUAAACCAGCACAGGGACAGCUUCAUCAUAAGGGAGACAUCCUGGGAGAGUUUUGGAAGCCUAAAGCUCCAAACCAGCAUUUCAGAGCUUGCCGGCAUGGUUAUCAAACACUUUUCCUCCCCCUCUUCUUGUUGAUGAGUUGUGGCUCCUGGUUCUGUGUUUUUGUUCUGUUUGCUGAAGAUCAGCUGUUUUUCUGAUGGCUUUCAACCCUUUCAAGUCCUGUAUCACAGCUACCUUACUGCUAGGCAAAAAACUGAAGAAAAUGGGCUCCAGUACUCUACUGAGCCACUCUGACAGCUGAAGAGCACAGGUCUCUUUUCUGCUGCACCCUGAGCUAAAUUCCAAACAGAUUUUUCUCUGUCAGCUUUAGCGUGGAGGAGCAUUUUCAGAUAGGCUCUAGUUUAGUAUUCUGGAUGUCAAUGCUAAUCUGACUUUGUCCAUAUAUGUAGUUUUUUUUCCUGUUCAAGUACAUCCUUUGGCUGCUCAGAAAAAUACCUGAUUUAGCUUUAGUUAACUGAAAUUUGCAGUGUUCCAGCUGGUGUUUUUGUUUUGUUUUUUUAAGAUAGGUAUAUAGUACCUAUUAUAUUAAAGUACCUAUAUAUUAAAGAUAAAAGAAGGCAUUUUUCUCUGAGUUAACCUUAAGGAUCCUGGCUAAACUUAACCCUUUCGUGAGUCAUACUGAGUGCUUUUUGCCAGCCUUUGCUUUUUGCUGGUUUUAGUAUUUCCUCACAGUGAGCCAGAAGCAUCAUUUUAGCAUCAUCCAGUCCAGCACUGCAGCUGCUUAGACCCGAUGUUAUUUAUGACUGUAAAGCUGGUAGCAGUACCUUGGUUUGGCUAUUCAUCCUUCCCCACACCUAGCUUCUACCAUUGCUAGCUUUUGGUUCUCUUCUCGGCCGCCACCUUUCUUAACACUCCAAAGAAACUUUUCCCUCCCACCCUUCUUUUGGUUUUUUUUUUGUCAUGUAUGCUCCCUGCCAUAUCACAGCCUCCAGUUGUUUCAGCUAACUUAAUGCUUUGUACUCAGCAAUACUGUCAUAGUCCUAGCAUUAAUUAGCCCACCUUUGUGAACAAAAAAUGUAUCGUACCACAUUGAUUCUCAUUUUUGUUCUGCUUCAGAGUUGGGCUGUCUGUGACUGUACUUCUUGGCAGUGUCAUUGUAACCGGACUGGGCUGAUCGCUUGACUUUUAGAUUCUGUCUUGUGGGGACUAGACAGUGAUGAAUGUAUUUCUAGCAGUUUCCCAUGAAUGAAUCUAAACUUGAGCUGUACUGGUUCUGAAAAAGAAAGUUAUUUAUUUUAGGAAAUAAAAAUCCAGAUAGUGUUGCUUUUUACAGCAUAAUAAAUGGAAAUACCAAGA